AUGUGUCAAAAAACUCCAUUUCAAAGGAAGAAGGAGAUGUCGGCCCCUGCAGCGGCAGGAGCUGACGGCACCUCAGCAGUCGAGGGAGACAGCGUCUCGCAAGCUGCUGCAGGAACCCAGUCCUUUCCUCCUCCCCCUCCCCAGAUCAAGGAAAUGGCAGAAUCCCAGGAACGAGAGGAUGCGGAGAAGUUGGCGGCUGCCAUGCACAUGAAGACUAAGGGCAACGAGCUGUGGUCAAAAGGCGAUGAUGCGGGCGCUGUGAAGGAAUGGCAGGACGCUUUAAAGGCUUGCUUCUCUCUUGCAUGCCGCGGGCCUUUCGUGAGCGGGGAGGUGCUAUCUCUUGAGCUGUCUGUACAGCUGAACCUGGCGGCUGCGGCCCUCAAGGCCGGCGAGGGCCAUGCAGCCAUCCGCCACUGCAGCAGAGCGCUACAGCUCAAGCCUAAACAUCCAAAAGCCCUCUACCGCUUAGCCAAGGCGCACCUCCUCCUUAAUGAGUUCGAUGAGGCGUCAGCAGCAGCGGCAGCACUGCUCGAGGUGGAGAGCGGGGAUGUAGGCGCAGUAUCGCUCCAGCAGCAAAUUCGACGGGAGGCCGACUUGCACAAGCGGCAAGAGAAGAGGCUGCUUCAGAAGAUGAUGGGCCGGUCAGUUCAUAGCGAUAAGGGAAGGGACACCAACAGUAACAGCAGCAACACCAACAGCAACAGUAACAGCAGCAACAGCAACAGUAACAGCAGCAACAGCAACAGUUACAGCAGCAACAGCAACAGUAACAGCAGUAACAGCAACAGUAACAGCAGUAACAGCAACAGUAACAGCAGCAACAGUAAUGGCAGCAACAGUAAUAGCAGCAACAGUAAUAGCAGCGGCAAUAAUUUUAUAUGGGAAGUCAAAUGGAAUGACAGUGAUAGGGAUGAUGCUCUCUGGCGUAGGCCGCACUCAUUGGAAUACCUUUCUGAAGAGUGCAACUUCCCCUUAACUCGCUCUCUCCCCCUAACUCUCCUCUUUUCACUACAGGAGCUACAGCAGCUGCAGCAGCAAGGGCAGAUGCUGCCGAACCUAAGGAAGGAAUUAUUGUGUCUGCACGUGCUGGGGGCAUCAGCGCAGCACGAGAGGGUGCCUGGCAUUCUUUCGAACUCCGAAUGCACAUUCUACCCCCAUCUGGCGCUCUACAGUACUCUGGGUUCCAUACAGAGUGUGCCAGGGGGCCCCCCUACGGCCCCUCAAGAGGGCCCCCCAAGAUCCCCCAGACCCCUCUCCGGCGAAACGCUGGAAGACUUGCGGCUCCUUAUUCAAAACAACAUUCUGACAGUUGUUUCUGAAAGCGCCAUGUGUACGGUCGAUGACCUUAGUGCCUACGCUUCAGCAGCAGCCCCAGCAGCAGCAUCCAGCAGUAGAGGGGAAGCAGCAGUCAGGCAGCUAGGCGGCCGGCUGCUGCUCUCUCAAAGACGCAGCAGGUUCCCGCUGCUGUUGCACGUCCCCUCAGCAGCAGAAGCUGCUAGAGCAGCACGCUUUGCUGCACGAAAUGCGGCUGCUGCCGCAGAUUCUGCAGCAGCAGCAGCAGAAAGGGCCAAGGGCAAAGCGUCCCCAGAAGCUGUGGCAGCAGCAGAAGCAGCUGCCCAAAAGGCAGCCGCAGAGAGUGCUGCCGCUGCUGUUGCCGCUGAGGUUGCUGAGGCAGCUGCAGAUGCAGCAGCAAAGUCAGGCAUUCAAGAGCACACAGCGUGCGCCAAACAUGCCAAUGAUACAUUCGAGUACUGUCAGCUUCCCUGUUCAGGCAUUUCAGACGGCCUUUAA